AAGAAGAAGAAGAAGAAGAAGAAGAAGAAGAAGAAGAAGAAGAAGAAGAAGAAGGAAAAAAAAAAAAAAACAACAACCCGGAAGUGUGGAAGCCGCUGACCGCUGCAGCAGCGCGAGCUCAGCUGACGUCGUGUUUGUUCAACCUCCAUCGACCAGCGGAACUGCUCCUCUAACAUGGACGACCUCUGGCAGGACGCCAUGGACCACGCUGUCGCCAUCGCACGGAAAUCUGGACAGAUGGUGCGUGAGGCUCUGCGUGAUGACAGGAAGGUGAUGAUGACAAAGAGUUCGUCCAUCGACUUGGUGACACAAACUGACCAGAAGGUCGAGCAGCUCAUCAUCAAAUCGGUGAAGGAGAAAUUCCCCACACACAGGUUCAUAGGGGAGGAGUCAGUGGCUGCAGGUGAACCCUGUGACCUCACAGACUUUCCCACCUGGAUCAUCGACCCCAUCGACGGGACAACCAACUUUGUUCACGCUUUCCCCUUCGUUGCUGUUUCCAUUGGAUUCUGUGUCAACAAACAGUGCGAGUUCGGGGUCGUUUACAGUUGCCUGCAGGACCAGAUGUUCACGGCCAGGAGGGGUCGGGGGGCGUUCUGUAACGGAGAGCCGCUGCAGGUUUCUACUGAGGAAGACAUCAGUCGUUCCAUCAUCGCCACAGAGUUCGGAUCCAACAGAGAAACUGAAGCGAUCGACAGAAUGUUCUCCAGUCUGAGGAAGAUCGUCUGCAUCCCGGUGCAGGGGGUUCGCAGCGCAGGAAGUGCAGCGGUCAACAUGUGUCUGGUUGCGUCCGGCUGUGUGGAAGCGUACUAUGAGAUCGGGAUCCACGUGUGGGAUGUGGCGGCCGGUUCACUCCUGGUCACUGAGGCCGGCGGCGUCCUGAUGGACGUGGAGGGAGGAGUCGUGGACCUGAUGUCUCGCAGAAUCAUCGCUGCCAACAACAGAACCCUCGCAGAGAGGAUCGUCAAGGAGAUCGACUCCUUCAGUCCGACCAGAGACGACGCCCCGCUGCCGAAACAGUGAAGAGCUGAAGUGCAUUGUGGGGGAUAGAACAGAUUUAAAUUGUCGCUUUGAGAUAGUCUAUAAAGUUUGUGAUAAAUAAAGUUAAAAGGAAUCAAAA